AUGCUAAUAUAUGCCUUUGACCAUGUCACUCCGGAGGAUAUGGUUCAGAGAUGGCGCACAUUGGGCGACCCAGUGUGCGAUGACGCUCUGCAGACUGUCUUCUCGAGCUCGGCGUCGACUGUGAGGAAGGAGCUUCUGACAAGGUUAGAGACGUACGCUGAAACACAUCCCGAAGUGGAUGAUGUGCAUGCCUUCCUCCGCGAGGUCUCGCAGUGCUCGCCAGCAGGCAUUCAAGUCACUGGCCGGGAAGUCGAACUGGCACAAGAGCUCCAAGCUCUAUUGCAUUACAGUCUCGCUGGCGGCUUCGCCAGCCCUCGCAUCACCCGGACCCUUCAAGCCGUCUCCUAUCUCCUUCCGCACUCUAGCAAAUCACUUCAGAAAGCCGCUCAUGCGUCCCAGCGCAUCAUCGGCGCGUCGAAUGAACGCAUUUUCAUUCGGCUCUUAGAGACAUUCCAAAUGGUCUUGGACGCUCUAGACUGUACGAUCACAUCCCUUCAAGCAACGAAUACCACUGCAAACGCUGCGAUUGACUUGAAAGAUAGAUAUCUUCCUCGUAUGCGGGUUCUCGAGCGAUGGAGGAAGGAGGGUAGAGAAGAUCCCCUGGCCAUGGCCGUGCCUAUCAAUCAGGAAGAUCUCAGUGGGACCCUGACAGCGUUCUCCACACUCCCCAUCUGGUGCUUGCACCGUCUUCACGUGCACCCCACAGACGAAUACAUCCGCGCAUAUCUCGCCCUCUGGCGGCAAGUGGGCUUCUACUUGGGAGUGGACCCGUCUAUCAUUCUGCGCCAUUUCUCUGCGCCUAUCACCGCCGACAAGUUCGUCGGGACUACAGCGAUGCACCUCUUCUCGACGAACAACCCCUCGGACGCCGCAGACCCCGACGGCCUGCCUCCGGCGUCCUUGCGUAUGGCUAUUCGGAUGCACGCCGCGCUCCUCCUUCAGCGCAUCCCGCAUUGGGUGACGCAUUACUAUCCCAGGAAGGGGUGGACGGUCAAGAGGCGGGCGGUGCUGAAAGAGGGCAUAGCGCGCAGUGUCUGGUGGAGCAUUGGCAUGCGGAGGGCGUCUUUCCGGCCGCGGACGGAUGUCAAGAACCAUGCAGAUGCGGCGAGGAUCGCGCCAGGCGUGAAGGAAGCGGAAGCGGUACAGCCAGACAUUGCGGAUGCUCAACGGCCGUCGGCUAGUGAGGCCUUGAGGCAGUGGCGUGAAGUACUGGCUGAUAUGAUUGUCGUCUGCGUAGGGACUGGUCUCGCUAGUCUCAGUCUUGGGUGGACUGUCUUCCGCUUCCUGUGGUCUCGGUGGUAG